AGCCUCCGCGCAGCGCAUGCACGAGAUGGCGCCGUCCAAGCCCGCCUCCGCCUUGCUCCUCGCCUUGGCCGUCCUGCUCGCGGCCGCGCAGCCGUCGUCCGCCAUCAGAGUCAAGCCCGCGUGCUCCCCGGUUGUUAUUCCAUCGCCACCUCCCCCCGCAGCUUCCCCACCGCCGCCGCCGACCCCGGUGAUCAGCAACCCGCCCCCAUCCGUCCCUGCUUCCCCGCCGCCACCGACCCCAGUGAUCAGCAACCCACCGCCAUCCGUCCCUGCUUCCCCACCGCCACCGACCCCAGUGAUCAGCAACCCACCGCCAUCCGUCCCUGCUUCCCCGCCGCCAGCGAGCCCAGUGAUCAGCAACCCAACUCCAUCCGUCCCUGCUUCCCCACCGCCGGCCACGGUCUCACCAGCUACCCCGCCGUCGCAGCCCACGGAGUGCCUGACGCCGUUGAUGGGGCUGACGCCAUGCAUGGGCUACCUCACCAACACCAGCGUGGCGACGCCCCCGGCGGCGUGCUGCGGCGCCUUCAAGUCCCUGGUGGACAACGCCCCCAUCUGCCUCUGCCACGGCCUGAACGGCGACAUCAACAAGAUCAUGCCCGCGCCGAUGGACUUCAUGCGCAUGAUGUCGCUCCCCGGAAACUGCGCCGUCCCGCUGCCAAUGCAGACGAUUGCCCAGUGCGCCAGUAAGUCAUCGUAG